AUGCCGACUCGAAAGAAGAGAAAAAAAUCCAGUUUUCAGCCGUCAACAUCAUUAAACGGAUAUGCGACACCUUCUAAGGAUCAAUUUUUGUUUAAAAUUUUAAUUAUUGGCGAUGUUGGCACCGGCAAGUCAUCAAUCGUGCAGCGCUAUGCACAUAAUUUAUUUACACAGCAUUACAAGGCUACGGUUGGUGUUGAUUUUGCAACAAGAACAUUGCUCUUGAGUGAUGGUACAACACUACGACUGCAGCUAUGGGACAUUUCAGGUCAAGAUCGAUUUAGUAAUAUGACACGAGUGUACUAUAAGGAUGCUCAUGGCGCUAUUGUAGUAUUUGAUUGUACCCGUCAAAAUACCUAUGAUGGAGCGUUGCGCUGGAAAACCGAUCUGGAUAGCAAAAUUACUCUUGCCACUGAAAAACCAUUACCUUCUAUACUUGUUGCUAAUAAGGCUGAUCUAGACAACAAAAUAACAGAUGAAAAGCUGGAGGAAUAUCGUGAAAAAGGAGGCUUCCUGAAUGUUUUGAAAACAUCGGCGAAAGCAAACUAUGGCAUUGAAGAUUCAUUUGACCUACUAGUAGAACAGAUCCUUGAAAUAAAGAAGAAUGGCCAGUACGUAGCGCCAUAUUCUCAGAAUGAUCAGACAAUCAAAAAGCUACACCAUACACCGGAACGAAGAAGAAGAAGAAGAUUUGGCCUGAAGUGGCGAUCAUGCUGCAAUUGA